AUGAUGGAGUCGAAUUCAACAACAAUGAAAAUUAAUGAUAAUGAAAAGACUUUUUACGAAAAAGUUGAAGAACAUAUUAGUUCAUUAAAUAAAAAUUUUCGUGAGAAAUGUGUUAUAAAACAAAAGGUUUAUGAUGAUAUACAGAAAUGUUUGCUUGUACCAAAAGGUACAUUAUAUGGUUUAUAUUCUUCUACUUUCGUUUAUUGGGCUAGACAAAAAUUUGUCUUAAUUAAAAUUGCUGGUAUUGAUAUAGUUGCAUGUGCCAAAUCAAAGAAACCAAUAUGUAUUUAUGAGGCUUUCUAUAAUGUUAUUACUGAAGCACAUCAUACUGUUUCACAUGGUGGUCGUGAGAAGACCAGCUUUGAAUUGAAUUCCCAAUAUUCAUGGAUUCCUCGAUUUUGUAUUGAUAUAUGUUUAAAACAAUGUAUUGCAUGUCAAACACGAAAACCAAUCAAGCAGCAUAUUCCAUCAAAGCCAAUUAUUUCUUUAGGUGUUAUGACACGUCUUCAAAUAGAUCUUAUUGAUAUGAGAACAAGACCGGAUAAAAUAUCACCCGAAAUUAUCUACUGUUGGAUUUUAAAUUGCAUUGACCAUUUCAGCAAAUUUUCAUGGGCAUUUCCAUUAAAAAACAAAUCAGCUACUGAAGUUGCUAUGAAAUUACGUGAGUUAUUUUUUGUUUUUGGACCACCUCGAUUACUUCAUAGCGACAAUGGUCGUGAAUUUGUUUCCAAUGUUAUAAUGGAAUUCAAAAGUCUUUUUCCUGAUAUGCAUUUUAUUCGAGGUAGGCCGAGACAUCCACAAAGCCAGGGAUGCAUUGAAAGAGCAAAUGGUGUUUUGUGUGAUGCUCUCGGCAAAUGGAUGUGCACCAAUAAUUCAUCUAGUUGGUCUAAUGGAUUGUUGCCAGUGGUUUAUGGUAUUAAUACCAGAAAAUCUGAUGUUACGAAAACCACUCCAUAUGAAGUGAUGUUCGGACAGGCACCUCGUAGUGAUUCUGAUUAUUGGAAGUUAGUUAAACAAAAUUGCAUUGAUGAUGAAGAUGAUUUGCCAACUCCAGUGGCUCUAUCAAAAGAUGAUUCAAAUAAUGAUAAAUCAAUUAAUCUUGAUGAUGAUCUUGAUGAAGAAGUAGUUCAACUUGUUAAUCAAUUAUCUGAUGAUGUUGUGUCUUCAUUAAAUGAUCCAUCAACAUCCUCAUCAAUAGUAACAAUUACAUCAAAAAAACAUGAUGUCAUUAGAAAAGCGGCUACGGAUCAUUACCUGGCAACUGCAAACAAAAAGAUGAAACUGUAUCAGGAUGGUUUAAAUGUUAUCUCCAACAGUUUUAAUGUGAAUGAUUGCGUUGGGAUCCAGAUACAUUCAGUUGACAGAACUAAUACUGAUCCAAAGUAUUUGCCAUGCCUUAUUGUAGAAAAAAUUCAAAAAAAUAAUAUGUUUUCUUACAAAUUAAUUUGUCAAUAUGGCGUCUUGCAAAACACAUUUGAAAUUGGUCAGCUGUUUGAUUUAAAAGAUGCUUGUCCAUAUGAACUAAAAAACGUAGAUGUUGAUAGUUUAAAGCCAAUAACCAUCAUUGAAGCAUCAAAACUUUACUCUCGUGGUUCCACAACUGGUCGCACUUGCAAUUGUCGAGGAAAAUGUACCACCAAAACAUGUCCAUGCAAAAAAGACAAUGUAUUCUGUUCAACUAAAUGUCACUCAAAAAGAGGAGGAUGUCUGAACAUGGACUGA